CACGCAGGAGCGAACAUUAAACUGAUCAGAGUGUGCACAGAAACACUUCAUCAUGGACCUAAUUACUUGUGCGACUUGCGAACUGCCAGUGUGGGGCUCUCCCAUCAGAUGUGGUUACUAUAUGUAACGUUUGAAGAUUUACUCUGCCUUCGACACCCGAGCCUAUCUUGUCAUCUGCUGUCUACUCGGGUCAAUGUUGACGAUUUUCUGAUGCCCGCUCGUUUGAUUUCUAACACUACAACCGGCACAACCUCCUCAAAACCUGAUCUCGAUUAUCACAGAUCUCCUCGAAACAGGACAAAAAAAGUUACUAGUGUAUCACCACAGGGGAUCACUAUUCAGAAGAACAAUUGUAAAACUGAUUGGGAGCACAUUCACGCUCUAACGGAAACAAUUGACAACGAUUGGUGUUACGAUAAAGAGCAAGGAGACAAUAUUCCAACGUCUUAUCUGGUCUCAAACAGACAAAGUCUUGAUAGACGCGAUAGGGAUCUAAAUGGCAGAACAAUACACCAACCAAACUGUACAGAUUAUUUAAACAAUAUGGCCUUAAGUCGUGUACAGCAGUGCAGUCGUGUACGCGAUACAAUGAGGGAUUAUGGAGCUGACCAAGCCGCAAAAAAUAAACCCAAGUGCUUUAAAUAUCCUAAUUCUCGACGAGAUAAAUCCGGCACUUCAACUGACGUUUCCCCACACGGAUUUCAGCCUCGCACUAACGUUUGUGUCUCUCGGUCAAAUCAGAUCAGCUGUCCGGACAAUAGACGGACAGCCCGUACUAAUCCGGAUUUAGCUGUUACGGGUUCGCAUUCACAGUCUUCUGAUGGAUUGUUUGCAAGUAAUAAUAAUUGUGUGGGCAGUGAACAAAGACUAAUACAGCGUAAUUUAACUGAGAAAAACACGCGAUCUCAAACAAAACCCUCCACUCAUGAAAGAACGAUGCAAGAUACAAAAGGCAGGGAGAAUCGAACCCAAUGUUGGGUUGAAGAGGAAAAUUUUCGACCUCCCCCAAAAGAAAAGAGGAUCCUUGGAAGACAAGCAGAAAGGAUGCUGCUAAAAAAGAAAGAAGGACAAACUGUGAAAAGUUCAAAGGAUGUUUCUAAUGUCAGAAGUACAGCUAUCAGGCCGAAGGAACUUUUUGCAUCAAGGGUUAAAAGUGCUGGAGAAUUAAAACGUUCUGCUGGACCUCCAACACCACGGAGUGAAACUGCCACUACACCGGAUAGUUCCCGACAACCUAAAAAACUUUGUGUAUUUCAACCCAAGCAGACUGACGUUGCUCCGGUUGUGAGCCCAGAUUCAGGGUUAGACCACACAAUACUGUCGGAUUCUUUCGACCAUGUAUUGUCCAUUGAAGCACAGUUUGAUGAUCCUGUGCAACAAAAUGAAAUGAUGCGUUCGAAUUCCACAGACUCGUCACCCGUCACAAUAUCAAGCGGAUAUGAAAGUGAUUCUAUUCAGACUUGUGAGGCGGAAAUUGACAAAAUAUUUGUGAACAAUAAAUCAAGAAUGGGAAACUUAACCAAUGUGUCGUCUGUUACGGCGUUCCCAAAUUCUUCGUUACAUGCGAGUGCAAUGGACAUUUCAUCUUCAAUAUUUCAAUCCGUCCCUUUUUCAAAUGGUGCUGAUAACGUUUCGGAAAAAUCAAAUCAGUCUUUCGUUAGUCCCAAAUCGCGAACCCCCGAAAAACCAACUGGAGUGUUAGAUCGCUCGUUUCAAAUCCCCGACAAGUCCUCAGUAAGGAAUAUAAGAGCAACAGAGACUGACUUUCAAUCCUUGCCCAUCUUUCCCAGAAGUCAACCAGAACAGACUGCUCCCAGAUUUUCGCCUGUUCAAAGACAUAACCAUAAACUAACGAAAGUGGCAAGGUCCAUGUUUGAAAUUAUUAACGAUUUACAACUGGAAAACGAAUCCCCAAAGAAUAACCCUGGUAAUAUAAAAAGGUGCAAGAAAGUCAAAAGGGCGAAUCCUGUUCGAGCCGAAAAUGCUACGCUCAUUAAAAACAAUUUUCAAAGAGGUUCUAUGGAAUCACUGAACGAAAACAGAUUGUGUAUUUCGGAGGAAUCUAUUAGUAGCGUGGAUAAAGCAGACGCCACCUUGGGUGUUAAUGCAAAAUCCGAUUGUAUCCCCGAUCAUACCCCCGGCGUAAAAAGUGAGCCUAUUGUGGGUGAGAAUAAUAACGACAUUCAAUCAAAACGCCACACAGAUACCUUGUUACCGCUGCCCUCUACAAUUGAGUGUCAAUCUCCCCAGAGUAGCAAUAAUAGCUCAAAUAGGGAGUCCUUGAGCCACCCGGUGUCUUCAAGUGUUUUCGUUUCGCGAGCACCUUGUACAGUAAACAAGGCGGAGACUGAAGAUUCCAUUGCAAAAGGCUCGUCGACACAGCAGGCGAGAACCAACGACCUUUCACCUAACGUCCAACCUGGCACUUUAGUUGUCAAGUGUUUACGCAGGCCAUUAGGCACACACAGUUCAGACUUUUCCCGCACAAAUGACCUCCCACAUUCAUCUUCUGCAUGUUACUAUGAAGAAUAUGAAGGAUUUCCGAGUGUUCAACAGCAAACAUCUGUACACCCACGGGUUCCACCUGCCGAUUUUACGCAUUUCCAUUCUCAGGCACAUCCAGCAUCUGUGGUCAAUCACAGUGUACCACAUCCGGAUUCAGGGCGCCUAAUUAUAUUCGAUAACGGGGUCACACCAUAUGCCACAGCUCGUAUCCCCGGAUGUUGCACCCCAAAACGUGACGACAAACUGGAUGAUCACGUAUAUGAAACGAUUCCUGGAGACGAAUAUCUUUAUGAGGAACUUAUGCGCAUGCGUGCGAUGGGUUUACUUUCGAAACGAUUACGAAAAAUUCCAGAUAUGCCGGGACAUUUUAUACCCUACGAAGCACCUGAACUUCCAGCUCGAAAUAUGAAUAGUAAUUCGCCCCGUCGUAACGACCAAUUCGUUGUACUGAGAGAGGCUCAUCAAAAUCCAGCUCACAACUCACCGUCUACUUUGCGACCCGUAGAACACGUUCGAAAUGGUUCUACGUCAUGGGAUGGGUAUUCCUACCCUUACAACGAGGGUCCUCCUAGAUAUUUCACAAAAUGGACGCCCAGUGAUCUGUUAAGUUAUGUUGAUGGAAUAAGACAACCAGCGCCAAAGAGAAGAGAAAACUUUUAUCUCUUGUUGAAUAAUAAACAAAAACGUGCAGAUUUUUCGGAAUCUCUUGAAAUUGAAACUAAACUCAAGAACAUGGGACUAUUGUGGGGAGACCGAGGUCAACCUCAAACCCCCGACCAGUCUGAUAGGUCAGCAUCGUUAGAGUUUACUGGGGACUCUGGACAAACAUUUUUGCAAUCAACAUAUGUAUAAAUUGUAAAUGUUCAAAAAAUUGUGCCAUAAGGGACAUUUCUUUUAAAAGUGCAAAAAUCAGUGCUACAGUCAAAUUGAUAUUUAUACUG